CCGCCGACAAACAGUGGGCGCGUGUUUGGAAACUGGCACAAAGGACCGCAAGCGAGCGAGCUGCUGACUGUCUGCCUUACUGAUUUGCGUCCGUCUCAGCACAGAUUCAAUUGCUAAGACUUUUUUUUCUCUCUUUUUUUGGUUCCUUGCAACGUAAGUGGCAUUGGCUCAGUGAUUUCCGUGAGCAUCUCCACGAGAAAACAUUACCUCGGUGAGGCGUGGUGGAGACCAAACCAGGCAGCCGCUUCUAAUCCGCUAUGUUUGAAAAAGCGUGGACUUACUUUUGCAUCUCCAAAUUUAACUCAGCUUGAUCGGCUAGAUUUUCUUCAGUAUUUGGUGUCAAGCCCCUCGUCAUUAUUAAUUCGGAAAGAGGAAAAAACACAGUUUUCCAGCGUUUCUCUUGGUGGAGAGCUAAGCAACAGGGAAAAUGUCUGUUUUCCCUAAGGUAUCUUUGAGACCCGAGGUUGAAAACUAUCUUAAGGAAGGCUUUGUGAAUAAGGAGAUUGUGUCAGCUUUCGGUAAAGAAGCAGCAGAAAGGAAGUUUGAAACUUUGUUAAAACACCUGUCACAUCCUCCAUCAUUCACAACUGUCAGAGUGAAUACACAUUUAGCCUCAGUACAACAUGUGAAAAAUCUAUUACUUGAUGAACUUCAGAAGCAGUUGAACGGAUUAAGUAUUCCUAUUCUUCAACAUCCAGACCUUCAGGAUGUCUUACUUAUUCCUGUUGUUGGACCCAGGAAGAAUAUUAAAAAACAACAGUGUGAAGCCAUUGUUGGAGCCCAGUGUGGCAAUGCAGUUUUAAGAGGAGCCCAUGUCUAUGCCCCAGGAAUUGUGUCAGCAUCAAAAUUUAUGAAAGCUGGAGACGUUAUAUCUGUAUACUCUGAUAUUAAAGGAAAAUGUAAGAAAGGAGCCAAAGAGUUUGAUGGAACAAAAGUAUUUCUUGGAAAUGGGAUUUCUGAACUAAGCCGCAAAGAAAUCUUCAAUGGGUUACCUGAACUGAAAGGCAUGGGCAUAAGAAUGACAGAACCAGUAUAUCUCAGCCCUUCUUUUGACAGUGUACUGCCGCGUUACUUAUUUUUACAAAAUUUGCCAUCUGCUGUAGUAACUCAUGUUCUAAAUCCUCAGCCUGGAGAGAAGAUUCUAGACUUGUGUGCAGCACCUGGAGGCAAAACAACACACAUUGCAGCACUAAUGCAUGAUCAGGGAGAAGUCAUAGCACUAGAUAAAAUCUUCAACAAAGUAGAAAAAAUAAAGCAAAAUGCAUUAUUGUUAGGACUGAAUUCCAUCAGGGCAUUCUGCUUUGACGGAACAAAGGCAGUUAAGCUUGAUAUGGUGGACACAGAAGGGGAACCUCCGUUUCUGCCAGAAACCUUUGACCGAAUUCUUCUGGAUGCACCCUGUAGUGGAAUGGGACAGAGACCAAACAUGGCCUGUACUUGGUCUUUGAAGGAAGUGACAUCAUAUCAGCCAUUACAGCGAAAACUCUUCACUGCGGCAGUUCAGCUGCUGAAGCCAGGAGGUGUGCUGGUUUAUAGCACAUGCACCAUAACACUGGCUGAAAAUGAAGAGCAAGUUGCCUGGGCCCUCACAAAAUUUCCUUGUCUUCAGCUUCAGCCCCAGGAACCACAGAUUGGAGGAGAAGGAAUGAGGGGAGCUGGCCUCUCUUGUGAACAAUUGAAACAGCUGCAGCGAUUUGAUCCAUCGGCUGUGCCAUUACCAAACACUGAUGUAGACUCUCUGAGAGAGACCAGAAGAGAAGACAUGUUGCAGCUGGCUAAUAAGGACUCUAUAGGUUUUUUUAUUGCAAAAUUUGUAAAAUGCAAAAGCACUUAGGAGAGGAUGGAUCCUCAGAAAUGAAAAUUCCAAACAUUUGCUGUCUGUGGUUUUGUUUUUUUUUUAAACCAAAGUGUUGUCAGACCAACUGAAUGAUGACGUGGUUGCUAAGGAAACAGAAAAGGCUGCCAGCUGUUUUACCAGGGAUCCAGAGACAUAGAGGAAGUAGAGGGUGGUAUGAGACUGUAUUUUUUAUUUUUAAAAGAAUUUUUUCAUGUAUUAAGUAGAGUAUAAGGAAAAGGAGAAACCUGUAGAUGUCUGGAGCAUAUUUUCAUUUGUGUUCUAAUGGUUUUAAUUUGUAAAGAAUAUAAGCCAUUUUUAAUGUUAAAAAUUAGUGAAUCUAACAAAAGGAAUAAAUUAGCAAUAUUUGA